AUGGCUCAAUAUGAGGAGCUUGGGAAGCAGCUCAGAGGAAUAAGAGCGGAUUUAAAAUUUGCCCGCUACCAAGUGGAUCAGUCAUCCAGGGCCAAGAAGGCAGCAUCUGCCGCUAAGGUAAAAACAUUAAAGAAAAAAGUGGAGGAGAUUGUGCGGAUGAGGUCUGACAUUGUGGAAGGUGCCGGCAUUUUCCGUGAGAAAUUUGUCCAUGGUGCUCGUUUCUCUGGUAUGCCGGUCUCCAGAGACGAUGAUGAUGAUGAUUGCCAGAGUGAGAAGGAGGAGAUGGAGGAAGGUGAAGGAGCUUUUACCAAGAAGCCAAAAUCUUCAGAGGUUGUGGUGGGAGAUUCCAUUACCUUUGAGGCUGAGAUAGAAAAAGCUGGUCUUAAGGUGAGGUGGCAGAAAACUAAUGUAGACAUCGCCCCUAGUGACAAAUAUAUCAUCAAGGCUGAUGGAAAUAGCCACUCAUUGACCAUCAACAAUGCUAGUGCAGAGGAUGAAGUUGUCUACGCCAUCAUUGCCGGGACCUCAAAGGUGAAGUUCGAACUCAAAGCCACAUUAUCAGGUGUCACACAGACCUUCAUAAUCUGCCUGUUGCUUACAACCUAUCCAAAACCUAACAGCACGGGUAUGAAUAACCUUUGGGAAUGGUAUGAUGUGAAAGGAAAAGCCAAAGUGGCUCCAGCCCCGGCAGCUCCAGCUGCUGCUGCACCAGCUCCAGCACCAGAGGCACCAGAGGCCCCAGCACCUGCUCCAGAAGCCCCAGCACCUGCUGCUCCAGCUCCUGUUCCAGAAGCACCAGCUCCUGCUGUAGAAGAGAAACAAGAUGCCCCACCUGCAGAGGCUCCUGCACCCCCACCCCCGGAGCCUCCUAAAGAUGAAAUUGGACUGUUCUUGGAGAGACCAGUUGAUGGAGAAGUUGCUGUUGAUGCAAACAUAAAAUUUACAGCAAAGGUUAAUGGUGCCAAUCUGAUGAAGAAACCAGUGGCAAAAUGGUUCAAGGGCAAGUGGAUGGACCUUUCCAGCAAAGUGGGCAAACACCUUCAGAUCUCUGAAACAUAUGACCGAAACACCAAGAUUUACACUUUUGAGAUCCAUAUUAUCAAGGCUAAGACCACUUAUGCCGGAGGAUACAGAUGUGAAGUGUCCAGUAAAGACAAAUUUGACAGCUGCAACUUUAAUCUAAAUGUGACCGAAGUCAGCAAUGCUGGCAAUUUCGAUAUUCGCUCUGCAUUCAAACGCACUGGAGAUGGAACUGAAGAAGCUGGAGAACUGGACUUCAGUGCUCUUCUCAAGAAAAGCAAUGAGGCAAAGCAGGAGGCUGAGCCAGAUGUAGAUGUUUGGGAAAUCCUGAAAAAAGCCCCCCCUUCAGAGUAUGAGAAGAUUGCUUUCCAGUAUGGCAUCACUGAUCUCCGUGGGCUCCUAAAACGUCUGAAGAAGAUGAAGAAAGAGGAGAAGAAGAGUGAUGCUUUCCUGAAGAAGCUGGAUCCUGCAUACCAAGUGGAAAAGGGUCAGAAGAUGAAGCUAGUUGUGGAAGUGGCAAACCCUGAUGCAGAGGUAAAAUGGUUGAAGAAUGGUCAAGAGAUCCGUGUUACUGGAAGCAAGUACAUCUUUGAGAGCAUUGGGAAUAAAAGGAUUUUGACUAUUAACAACUGCUCGCUGGCUGAUGAUGCAGCAUAUACUUGUGUCAUUGGAGAGGAGAAGUGUUUUACUGAACUGUUCGUAAAAGAACCACCAGUUCUGAUCCUCCGUCCUUUAGAAGACCAAGUGGUUAUGGUAGGAGAAAGAGUGGAGUUUGAAUGUGAAGUAUCAGAGGAAGGUGCACAAGUGAAAUGGGAGAAGGAUGGAGUGGAGCUGACCAGAGAGGAGACCUUUAAAUAUCGCUUUAAGAAAGAUGGGAAGAAACAUUUCCUCAUUAUUAACGAGUCAACCUUGGAAGAUAGUGGCAACUAUAUUGUAAAGACCAAUGGAGGAGACUCCCUUGCUGAGCUGAUGGUUCAAGAAAAGCAGCUAGAAAUCCUGCAGGGUGUAGCUGAUCUAACAGUGAAGUCCAAGGAACAGGCUGUAUUCAAGUGUGAGGUGUCAGAUGAGACUGUCACAGGAAUAUGGGUGAAGAACGGAAAAGAGGUUAUUCCUAACAAUAGGAUCAAAAUCACCCACAUUGGAAGAGUUCACAAGCUGACCAUUGAUGAUGUGGUAGCAUCAGAUGAAGGAGACUAUUCCUUCAUUCCCAAUGGAUUUGCCUUCAACCUUUCUGCAAAACUGCACUUUAUGGAGGUGAAAAUUGACUUUGUUCCCAGACAAGAACCUCCAAAGAUUAAGUUGGACUGUGCGUCCGGUAAUGCUGACACCAUCAUUGUUGUUGCUGGGAAUAAGCUGCGUCUUGAUGUACCUAUCACUGGAGAUCCAGCACCUGUUGUGAUCUGGAGUAAGGGAGAUAAGAUCGUUUCAGAAGCUGAUGGCAGAGUCCAUGUGGAGACCCAACCAGACCACUGUGUGUUCACCAUUGAAGGGGCGGAAAAGUCAGAUGAAGGGUUAUAUACUGUCCUGGUUAAGAAUGCAGCGGGAGAGGACAAGGCUACCAUUAAUGUUAAAGUAAUUGAGGUCCCAGAUCCACCCGAGUCCCCCAAGAUCCUGAACAUUGGAGAAGACUUCUGCACCGUUGAGUGGGAAGCACCCAAGUAUGAUGGAGGCAUGCCAAUCACAGGUUACAUUUUGGAGAGGAAGAAGGUGAAAAGUUAUCGUUGGAUGCGUCUUAACUAUGACCUGGUGAAGGAGUUGACCUAUGAAUCUAAACGCAUGAUUGAAGGUGUCAUCUAUGAGAUGAGGAUCUUUGCUGUGAAUGCCAUAGGAAUGUCUCAGCCUAGCCAGCCUUCUCAGCCAUUCAUGCCAAUUGCUCCUACAAGUGAACCAACUCAUCUGACAGUAGAGGAUGUCAGUGACACCAGCAUUACACUGAAAUGGAGGCCUCCAGAAAGGAUUGGUGCAGGAGGACUGGAUGGAUACAUGGUGGAAUACUGCAAGGAGGGUUCUUCUGAAUGGGUCCCUGCACUACAAGGCCUGACUGAAAGAACAUCUUCUCUGAUCCGAGAUCUUCCUACUGGGGAGAGACUCACCUUCAGGGUCAGAGCAAUCAACUUGGCAGGACCCAGUGAGCCAUGCACCAUGAAAGAGCCUGUCACUAUCCGGGAGAUCAUGCAACGACCAAAGAUUUGGCUCCCACGAUUCUUGAGACAGAAACUUGUGAAAAAAGUUGGAGAGACAGUGAAUAUUGUCAUACCCUUCCAGGGAAAACCUCGCCCUGUGGUCACCUGGUUGAAAGACGGGCAGCCUAUUGAUCCAAAACAGGUUGGCAUCAGAAACAGUGAGGCUGACACCAUUUUGUUCAUCAGAACUGCUGAGAGGCACCACUCUGGAGAAUACCAGGUUAAAAUCCAGAUUGAGAAUUGUGAGGACACUGCCACCAUCCGUAUCCAGAUUGUAGACAAGCCCAGCCCUCCUCAGAACUUGAAGAUUGUGGAAAUAUGGGGAUUCAAUGUUGCCUUGGAAUGGUCUCCACCUCAAGAUGAUGGAAAUACUGAGAUUACUGGCUACACUAUCCAAAAAGCAGACAAAAAGACAAUGGAAUGGUUCACAGUCUAUGAACAUUACAGACGUCUUAACUGCGUUGUGUCGGACUUGAUCAUGGGUAAUGAGUACUUCUUCCGAGUAUUCAGUGAGAACUUGUGUGGUUUAAGCGAGAAUCCUGCCACCUCCAAGAACAGUGCAUAUAUCCAGAAAGCAGGAACUUCCUACAAACCUCCCAACUACAAAGAACAUGAGUUUGCGGAGGCUCCUAAAUUCACACAUCCUCUUGUUAGCCGCUCGGUAGUUGCAGGAUACAAUGCAACCCUCAGCUGUGCUUUGCGUGGUAUACCAAAGCCAAAAAUCACUUGGUACAAGAAUAAGAUGAACCUCUCUGGGGAGGCCCGUUACCGCUCCUUCAGUAAGCAGGGAGUGCUUACUCUGGAGGUGAGGAAGCCCAGUACAUUUGAUGGUGGCGUCUACACAUGCAGAGCUGUAAAUGAGCAUGGAGAAGCUGAGACUGAAUGCCGCCUGGAAGUUCGACUGCCUCAGUAGAUUGGAGUGAUUUAUGAUGACAGUGAAGGAAGACUUCAGACGUGGAAAUGGUGCAAUCUACACAACGCAGUAGUCACUGAUACAGUAUUUACACGUGUACAAUUUAGUACAGUCCAGACAAUAUGAUGUCAAUAUGAUGUAAUGAUCAUAUCACUGUCAUAUGCCACUAUGAUGCAUUAGCUUGAAAUGUUCUUUUUUGUUUUGUUCUUUUUUGUUUUCUAAAUAUUAUGGAGGAUGUGGGAUGUGAAUCUUGGCUACAGUCAUACUGAGGAAAGAUGAUGAUGUAUCAAUAAAAUGCAUAAGGGCUUUACAUGGGCUGAGAAAGUGAAAUAAAAAAAUAAAAA